UAAAUCCCCUUGUCUCUCCCUGUCCCCCACUUAUCACAGUUCACACCUUUCCUCUUCCUUUUAUUUCUUUCUCUCCACUCCUACCUAGACCUCUCUAUUACGCCGCCACUACCAAGUUUCUAGCUUUUUGCUUGAUAUUCCCCCUUCCAUUUCCCUCUUUUCCCAUAGGGUAACACAUCAUGGAAGACUUCUAUUACUACUAUUAUUAGCUACUAUCAGUAUUCCUGCUUGGCUUUUUAGUUUUUUUGUGCUUACUCAAAACAUUCUUCAGGUUUUUCAACUUCUUCUUAAAAUGCCCUGUUUUCCCUCAUAGCCUUGUAUUUCUUGUCACACAUCCUUUGUGUCACUCCUUUUCAGUGUUAGCAAGAGAGGGUAGAAGAAAAAGAGUGAUCAAGAAAAAUGGGAGAUCAUUCAGAGCAGGACUACUUAUCCAACAAAUUCCCAACAACCUCUCAGGUUGUGGAAGAAUUGAAGGAACUAUGGAGCAUGGCCUUACCAAUCACAGCCAUGAACUGGUUGGUCUUUGUGAGAGCAGUUGUUUCAGUCCUCUUCCUCGGAAGACUCGGAAGCUUGGAGCUAGCAGGUGGAGCACUCUCCAUAGGCUUCACCAACAUCACAGGCUACUCUGUCCUCGUGGGUCUCGCAUCAGGUCUCGAACCUGUAUGCUCUCAAGCAUUCGGAAGCAAAAACUGGGAACUCCUCUCACUUUCUCUGCAGCGAAUGGUUCUCAUCCUCCUUGUCGCAACGCUCCCCAUAAGCCUCCUCUGGCUGAAUCUGGAGCGAAUCAUGCUUUUCAUGGGUCAGGAUAGUGGAAUCACGCGAAUGGCGGCGGUUUACUGUUUCUACUCUCUGCCUGACCUUUUGACUAACACGUUGCUGCAGCCGUUAAGGGUGUUUCUGCGGUCGCAGAAAGUGACGACGCCGAUGAUGUACUGUUCGUUUGUGGCGGUGGUGUUCCAUGUGCCGUUGAAUUAUUUGUUUGUGGUGGUGAUGGGGCUGGGGGUGCCGGGUGUGGCGGUGGCGUCGGUGAUGACUAAUAUGAAUAUGGUGGUGCUGAUGGCGGGGUAUGUGGGGGUGUGGAGGAGGAAGGAGAUGGUGUUGAGGUGGGGUUGGGGUGGUGGUGGUGGUGGUGGAGUGGGGGAUUUUGGUGGUGUUGGGAUGGGGCAGUUGAUGAAGUUGGCUGUGCCUAGUUGUUUGAUGAUUUGUUUGGAGUGGUGGUGGUAUGAGAUUGUGACGGUGAUGGCUGGGUACUUGGAGAAUCCAACGCUGGCGGUUGCGGCUACUGGGAUUUUGAUUCAGACUACUAGCAUGAUGUACACUGUCCCCAUGGCACUUGCUGGCUGUGUUUCUGCCAGGGUAGGGAAUGAGCUUGGAGCUGGUAAACCAUACAAGGCAAAGUUAGCAGCCAUGGUUGCCUUAGGAUGUGCUUUUGUGAUGGGCUUCAUCAAUGUAACAUGGACUGUGAUCCUUGGACACAAGUGGGCUGGGCUGUUUACAAAAGAUGAGCCUGUCAAAGCCUUGGUUGCAUCAGUCAUGCCACUUAUGGGCCUGUGUGAGCUUGGAAACUGCCCACAAACCACAGGCUGUGGCAUCCUUCGCGGGACGGCCAGGCCUGUGAUAGGGGCCCACAUCAACCUGGGCUCAUUCUAUUUCGUGGGCACCCCGGUUGCCGUGGGCUUGGCAUUUUGGUUCAAGGUUGGGUUCAGCGGGCUCUGGUUCGGGCUUCUCUCUGCACAAGUGGCGUGUGCUGUGUCAAUUCUCUAUGUGGUUAUAGUGCGUACAGAUUGGGAAGCUGAGGCUUUGAAGGCUGAGAAGCUCACAAGGGUGGAGAUGGGUAGUUACAAUGGAAGUAGGAUUAAAGAGAGUGAGAAAGAGGAAGAAAGCAAAGGGUUGUUGGUGAGUGGGAAUGGGCACAAGAGUGACAUUUGCUAAGAGCAUAUUUGAAUACACCAUUGAAGAUAAUGCUGAAAUUUAAAUCAUGGUGAGCAGAAGCGAAUGUUGAUGAAAAUUACUUUUAUUCACCAUAAUUUUGAUUCAAUGUAGUUUUAUACCGUGUAUUAAUGACAUAAAUUUUGUUGGUUGGAUGAGAUAGAUAUUAUUUGUUGCCUAAUCAAUUAGAGUUGGAGGCUUAUCAGUAGUGCCUGUAAUUGAGGCUA